AUAGUAUUAUCGAAACUUUAAACGUCGAAAAUUACUACUGUUUCGUGAGCAUUUUUUUACGUCUCGCGAUACAAGAUAACGUGUUUCGAGGAUGUAACAUUUCGUAAGAACAUUUAAAAAUAAAUAUGCGCGACCAACAAUGCUGUCCUCUUUUCUGGGUUGUUUUUAAGCUCUUUCGCUAUACAAGAUGCAUAGCACAUGGAGAGACAGGGAUCGGGACUUUCAGGAGGAGUUACCUGGAGGUGAAACCACCCGAAAUCUGCUACUAAAAACUUUACGUAAAACACGACCUGAGACUAAACCUAAUCCAGGUCUUGAUCCUAUUAAAGAUGAUCCUGAGUAUUGCCGUCUUCAACAGAUCCUUGAUUGUGAUGAAGUAUAUCCAGGGAUAUACAUUGGUGAUGCAGAGACAGCAAAGAACAAAAAGUAUCUUGAAAUGUUGGGUAUAACACAUUUACUUAAUUGUGCAGAAGGAAACAGAUUUGGAUUUGUGAACACAGGUGCAAAUUAUUAUAAAGAUAUAACAAUUAAGUAUAUUGGUUUACCUCUCGCAGAUUUAUUCACUACAGAUAUUAGUAAAUACUUUUAUACUGCUGCAGACUUCAUUGAUGAAGCUAUUUCUACAGGAGGCAAAGCCUUCGUGCAUUGCAUGGUAGGAAUGUCUCGAAGUGCAACUUGUGUCUUAGCAUAUCUAAUGAUAAAGAAAGAAAUGCUGGCUGUUGAUGCUAUUACAACAGUCCGUAAAAAUCGCUACAUAGAACCCAACAAUGGCUUCCUUCAACAAUUAGCGCACUUAGAUAAUCAACUCAGAAGGCAACGUUUGAGAACGCAAAAACACUAAAAAUCUUCCUAAAACUUUGAGUCUCCACAAGCGUGGAGGAAUGAUUUGGCGUGCCUACUUCAUUUAUAUCUAAAUCUGCGGGACCACUGCGUUUUCUCGCUUUUGGCGACAGUUGCUUUAAGCAUUCCAUGUCAUUAAAUACCACUUGCGCUCCACCUCCGCUAGUUGGUAAUAUGUCUCCCUAACAUAAUUUAAUACAUUAUCGUAUGUUCGAUUAUCUUAUUGUAACUAAUGAAUUUAAAAAUUAAUCACCUUAUACAGUUUGGUUUCAAGUUCGCCAUCCGUAUCGUGUUCUUGCGCAACGAGACAGUAUCGCGAUGCUCCAUCGGUAAUCUCCUUUGGAUCUGCAAGUCUUGAAACGCUGCGUCUCCUUCGCAUUAAUGGUUGCAGAACUGUUCCCAAAGGAACCAGUGCUCCUGGUCUAUGAUCAACCCAUCUAUCAGCACUUUGUGAACGUCUAUGCCUCGGAUUUGAAACAGUUACCUUAUCCUGCAAACAAGUUUUUUCAAUCUAGGUUCUUAAGAAAAAAGGAAAGAAGUAAAGAAAGCUGACCCUUCGUGAUCGACCAUCAGUUGUUCUUGCAUUUGCCUCCAAAUUGGUAGCUGUAGCUUUUGGUGUAACGGGUAUAGAAUUAAUACCAUUGUCAUCGACUAAAAUCUGCUUCACCAGUCUCAAUUUAUUUUCUUUAUCUUUCAUUUGAUUCUGGAAAGAUAGAAAAUAGUAAGCAUGUGGUUCCAGUUAACAUACACUUUACUUUAUUACCUGUAAAUGUUCGCGUUGCUGACGUAAUUUUAUUUCUAAUUCCUUGUUCAUUUUAUCAGUUUCUACUUGGAUUUUGGUGUUAUACUUUUGUUUUACCCUCUGCUUAUCUAUUAAUCGUUGGUUUAGUGCCAUGUCUCGAUCUUUUAACUAAAAUUACAUUAAGCACUAAGAUUAAGAAGAACAGAUACUAACAUGCAUUCCAUAUCUACCUCUUGCUGUAAACUACGGAUCGUAUCAUUCGCAUGAUUUAGUUUUCGAAGCAAACUAUCUAUUUGUUCUUCACUUUUACACAAAUGACCUUCCAAUGCAGACACCUUCUUUUUCUGUUGCAAAGUAGCUGCUUUCAAAGUUGCAUUUUCAAUUUUUAAAUUUAUGUGCUCCUGUUCCAUUGUCAUUAAAGUUUUUCUAAGGUCGUUCUCUGUAGAAAAUGAUGAUUGAAAUAUUGGAUCUAGAACUUAGGUUCUAUUAAAAAAUAAAGGUUUACGUUUUUUGUGUAGAUCGGCACGUAAUAGGUUCCGUUUGCUUAUACGCUGUUCCAAAAAGUGCAUCAGAUUAGUAAUUAUUUGAUCGUUGCAUGGAGAAGUAACUUCUAAUUCGGGAAAUGGACCACCCAAACUGUAAUAAAGUCUGUUUAUAAUCAAUGACAUCCAGGAAACAAAACUGGAAUAAAUUGGAGAACAACUACAUACCUGUAUACAAGACCAAUAUCAACUUCCAACUCAGCAGCUUCAGGAUGACCUUCCUUCUCGAGUUUACCACGUGCCUCCUUAAAUAACUAUUUGACCAUUUUUUUGUAAGUGAAACUUAUGUCUUUAUGUUCUUUCAAAGUUCAUGCCUUACCUUAUUUGCCUGUCUUCUUCCUGGAGUAAAACCAAGAUCUAUUUUAGUAAUUGUUGGUCUAGCUACUUGAACUUCUUGAGUCAUUUCCGCGAACUUCAUAACUUGCUAUAAAUAUAUUAACGUAAAAGUAAGAGUACAAUUACAUAAUUAUAUUUUCAUAUAAUUAAUUCUUUACAUACAAUUGUUUCGUCAAAAUCAUUCGCCCUUGGAUUAACACACACAAUCAUCCUCACUUGUCCUUCUCCAUCAAAGUAAUUCUUAAACAAAUGAGUUAACUUUGAAUCUCUAUAGGGUACAAUUUUAUUUGUACCUUGAAUUUGAUUUUCUCUUAAAAUUUCCAGACACGAUCGAAGAGUCAUCAAAGAAUUAUUAAUAUUACCUAAGAAAGACAAUAGUCAGUCAUUUUUAAGGAAUGUCUUGGAACUGCAGUAAAUAUACUUGAAAGAAGAUUACCUGCUUCUCUUAAACGUUGUCCUGUAUUCUUGGUUCUAUUUGUUCUUUCACUACCAGCCAGAUCUACUAAAGAUAGUUGUGUAAUACACACUACGCGUUUGUCUUGUAUAACUUGCUCACCUUCGCAAUCUAAUGGUGCCUAUAGAAAGAUUUACCUGUAUUAUUUAUUAAUAUUCACAGUAUAGAAGACAAAAGAAUUAAGAAUCUUACUUGUACAAGACGAACAGUGAAGACACUGUGCGACCUGCUUGAUUCUGCAUUAAGAGCAGUAUGAGCUACUCUCCUUCUUCUUUGGCCACGGUUAAAGACCUCAAAUGCUUCUUCAGCACUUUUUACUUCAAUUUCUGUCACAGCAUGUACAUACAUAUUUUUGUUUCCAUCCUCUCUGACUAUUUUACUCUGUAAUGUCCUAUAAAUUGUUUCAAGAUAUUAACACACUAUAUAUAGGUAAAUACAUUAAGUUUUUUUAAGUAUUCUAAGUUUAUAAACAUACUUGGCUCUAAUAUCGUCAUCCUCUAAUAAAUCAUAUACACUGUUAUUAUAUAUUUCAACAUAUGUAACAAAGACUGCAUAAGCAUUGUCUUGAUCCACUGAUACCACCUGUGAUUCAUCAACUUCACGAACUAUCAUUGGAUUACUAUCUCCAUCACUUUCAGCCUUCUUCCUAAUAAAAAAUUCCAUAUAUGAGUAAAGACAUUAUAAUUGACUAUAUAUUUUUACGUAUUUUUUUUUUACGUAUUCUACUUACACUUUGUUUGAUUUUCCAUUUCUAUGAGACAUAAUUCCUGCAUGGAGCUCACUUUGUCUAUCUAGCAUUGCAUCAGCUUCAUUUUGUAUAUCGAAACCAUUUAAUUUAUCUGGUUUAAAAACAAAUUUUUUUGUUUGAUAGUUACCAAUACUAUUAAAAAUUACAUCAAGACAACGUGGCAUGAUACCAGCAUCGUGUGGUUCACCAGUCAUUGUGUAUGUUUUACCACUUCCUGUUACACCAUAAGUAAACAGAAGACUAUUUCUACCACGAAUAACAUUCUCAACUAAUGGGAGAGCCACAACAUUAAAGAGUUCCUUUUGUGUAGCACCUGGUGUGAAUACACAACUGAAUGUUGUUUGAAUUUCUUUGUUGCUACAAUUACGAAAAUUAAUUGCUGAUUCUGGUGGAUUGAUAGCUAUAGUUGUAUCUGAUAAAACUUUCAUACAUGAUACAUCUGUAGCAUACUGCAUUGGCCUUAAACGGCAGUAAACUUGCACUGGAUCCUUAGAUAACAUAUUGUUGCCUUUCGGUCGGUUUAUUGGUUUCCGAGCAGAACCCGGUGGUUUUACACGCCUAUAAUAAUUAACAUUGUCAAUAUAUAUCCGUAGAAUUCACGAAAUGAAAGAAUUUUAUGUUUUGCAAAGAUAUAACAUCUGAAUAUGUUUAAUUAAAACAUAAAACAUCAACAAUCGAAUUUCUCUUUACACCAACGGAAUUAUAUUAGCGUUUACAAAAUUCAUUAGAAUUUUUUCUUAUAAAUUAUGUAUUAAAUUUGAGACUUACGAGGAUUUCAUUUUGCUUUAAUUAUAUUUAACAACAAUUAUAACAAGGAUUAUAUUACAAUCUUCCUUCUUUUAAUGGUCACAGAUGACGAGCCGUAAACCGUUGUUGUCACAAAGUCACAACGUUCGAAAUUCAAAUCUAAAUACAAAAUGGCGUGAAAUAGCAUGAUCUAGUGUUACCAAUGUACAAAUAUGAAAAGUUUCUAUUGUCAAGCAACUAGCCACCAAACAAUGUGAUUGGUGUGCAGUACGUAGAAAAUCUGAAUAUGUACAUAUGUUUAAAAAAUUGUAAAUUACUAUAAAGCAUUGGAAAUGAUUAAAAACUGAUAGACAGAUUCUUUUAAUGAUUCAAAAGAUGAUGAAACAAAUAAAUGAGUACAAAGUA